CCAGGCCUGAGGAGAGGGAGGAAACACAAGAGCUCUGAAGUUAUUUUCCCUCUUCACUCCAGUUUGUGAGGAGGAUGGAGCUGGAAAUCUAAACAGGGCAGCUGGAGCUGGAGCCUGCGCCGGUCCAGCGAAGCUCCAAGCCUGAUCUCCUUUUCCUCUGAGCCCCUCACCGACAGUCGUCUUCCAUCUCGGUAGCCCUGCUCCUCUCUGACCAUGAAACUCUGGGUUGCGCUCUGCCUGGCAUUGCUCUGCAUAGAGCUCCAAAAUGGUGCCUGCCAAGCAGUCAAGCGGAGGAAAGAAAGAGGAGAGAUCCCCACCCGGCCAGGUGGGAACAAACGGGUGAAGGUUCGGCACCCUAAUGUCAUUGACAAGAAGGGCAAAGGCCAGUCCCUGCUGACGCAGGUGCUGGACAAAGGCCGCUUCCUGCGCCUGAGCCAGACCACCACUCUGACCCCUGGGAAGGACUUGGAGCUGCGGUGCAAAGGAAGCAACAUCGGCUGGUCCUACCCGGCCUACCUGGACACCUUCAACGACUCGCGCCUCAGCAUCAAGCAGAGCGACAAGUACAGCCAGCUGAUGGUGACGUCGCCCUCUGCUGCAGAUACGGGGCCCUACAGCUGCUGGGUGAUCGUGUGUGACGGGGCAGAGUGUCAGAAGGACUACGAUCGAAUUUACUCCUCGUACAUCUACUUCACAGAUAAAGAGAACCUCUUCGUGCCAUCCGCCAUCCACUUUGAGAUCGUGUUCCUGCGGCCGGACAGGCCCGCCGUCGUGCCCUGCCGGGUCACCGAGCCACAGGCCGAGGCGUCCCUGCACAGAGAGGUGCCGGCGGAGGAAAUCGCAGCCAACGAGACCCUGGUGACGUACGACCCCACCAGGGGGUUUGUGCUGAAACAGCCCAGUCCAGAGCUCCAGGGAGUCUUCUACUGUAAGGCUGUGUCCAGGGGCGUCCCGCAGAUCUCCACUAAAUACCACCUGCUCUAUGUAGAAGUUCCCAGCGGACCCCCGUUUGUGAGUCUUGAAACGUCUCCAGAGCGUGUGAGGGGAGGCGAUGAUGUCAACGUAAGCUGCAGCGUGCUAGGAGAACCAGAGAUGGAUGUGGAUUUCACCUGGACGUAUCCUGGCCAGGAUCGCCGGCCUGUCCACAUCCAAACCUCCUGGAGGUUGGUGAACAGGGGUGUGGGCCACACCACGCGGCUCUCACAGAGCAUCAUGACAGUGGUGGACAUGGAGACCAUCGACUUUGGAAAGUACGGCUGUAAAGCCAAGAACCAGCACGGAGAGACGACGGUGACGACCACCGUCAACUCCUCGUAGCCCAAACAAUAACGGCCUCCAAUACUGUUAUUUGUUACGUGUUGUUGAGCUUUAACAGUGAUACUCCCACACCCACAAAACCAGAUAAAAACAAAACAAUCUACAUGUAAACAUAUCAAAUGGAUUAUUUCUAAACUGCAGUUUGUCAACAUUAAAGAAAUUCACUUCUU